GCUUUGCAUCAAUUUAUGCCUGUCCUGGUAGGUUACAAGUGCACAUACGUUGUAGGAUAGGACAUUAAUUAAUUCGCUCGCGAUGGCUCAUGAGAUAUAUAAAAGUUUUAGCAUCAGUAGCGAAUCUUCGUCCAGUGAGCUACCGGAUGAGGAGGUCACGUCCGAAGUUAAGUUUCAGCAAAUACUAGACAAAUUUAUGAAGAAGACACGCCCAAGGCCCAAGGUUAUAAAUGGUAAUCCACUUUGGAAACGGAUUUUAUCAGAGCACGCUAAGAUUGCAUGGCAUUCAAUGAAUCAGGAAGAAACAUGUCUACCUGCCGGCAUAGACACCGAGGAAUGGAAAUAUCUCGAUAAAGAAAUAUUCCCCACCUUGUUACCUGCCAUUGAAGAAACCAUGAACUUGGCAGAACGUCUCAAGGUAGAAGAGGGAAAGUUCCGAGCUUUCAACUAUGUGGACACCCUCAUCCACUACAUGCUCAACCUCAACAUCAAACCUGAUGAGCCCAUUAAAAUGAUAGAAGAUUUUGAGGAAAUUAAGGAACACCUGAAAAAAUUCCCCAAACCUUCGUUACCAAAACACAAGAUUUGGUCGAGACACAAAGCAGCAACCCUUAUCCAGAGUAACGUCAGAGGAUGGCUGGUGAGGAAGAGACCGGAGGUAUUCGAAAUGCGACAAUUUUGGAAGGUCAUGAGAGAAGAACUCCAGACCAGAAAAGGUCCUGCCGUAGCUAGAUCUAAUCUUGAAGAUAUUAUACCCAUGGCUCAGGAAAUCAGCUCAGACACCGAUGGAACGGAAUACAACGAUGGAGAACAAUUCUUCAAGUGGAGGAAGCCCGAGGAAGACGACGGCCACAGAUUGAAUCAACUCAACCUACUCGCUCUCGCCCAGAAGUCCGGCAAAGCUCAUUCCAAGCACGGCAAGAGCAUAACCCAGAGGGAAAAAUCUCGAGCCCAGGAAUAUAACUUCCGCGAAGCAACGGUCCAGACUGAACGUUUCGUUUAUAGAAUGGAUUCAGAUCGCCACAAAAAGAACCCAUUCGAACAGAGUAGUUUAGGAUCCGGACAUGUCAACUCUCUUGGCUCUUAUCAUUCCAAAGACAAACCAAAGUACAAACGAAAGGAAACUGAAGAGGGAACGAAAAAACCUGAAAUAAGUAGAGAAGACAUAGAGAUUCCACUAUCAUUUGAAAGUCUAAGUAACAAAAAAAAAAAUAACAAGGAAUAAAUAAAUCGAACUUAUCUUUUUAUAUUUAAAUAAACGAACGUCAUAAUA